GCGCAGUCGCAGCCUCUGUGGUCCUUUGGGUCGUGCGUGUUGUGUUGGAGGCCAUGGGUGACAAGUAUGCGAUGCUGCAGCGGGCUCAGCUGCGUCUGGAGUUCAUCCACGCCAAUUCCACUACUCACAGUUUCCUUUUUGGAGCGAUGGCUGAACUGCUGGACAAUGCAAGGGAUGCAGGGGCUGCAAGGCUUGAUGUGUUUUCAGUGGAUAAUGGAAAACUGCAGGGUGGAUUCAUGCUGUGCUUCCUGGAUGAUGGAUGUGGUAUGAGCCCUGAGGAUGCUUCUGACAUUAUAUACUUUGGAACAUCCAAGAAACGAUUGUCUACCAUGAAGUUCAUUGGGCAAUAUGGCAAUGGUCUUAAAAGUGGCUCCAUGAGGAUUGGAAAAGACUUUAUUCUUUUUACAAAGACAGAAGAAACAAUGACCUGUGUGUUUUUCUCUCAGACAUUCUGUGAAAGAGAAGGUCUUAGUGAGGUUGUGGUUCCAAUGCCUUCUUGGUUAACAAGAACCAGAAAACCUAUCGCAGAUGAUCCUCAAAAAUUCUCAAUGGAAUUGUCUAUAAUUUAUAAAUACUCCCCAUUUAAAACUGAAGCUGAAUUGAUACAGCAGUUUGAUGUGAUCUACGGAAAAUGUGGUACUUUGCUGGUUAUUUAUAACUUGAAGCUCCUGCUUAGUGGUGAACCAGAGUUGGAUGUAAAAACUGACAAAGAAGAUAUACUGAUGGCUGGGGCUCUUGAGGAUUUUCCAGAGAGAUGGUCAUUCAGAGCCUAUACAUCUGUUCUCUAUUUUGAUCCUUGGAUGAGAAUAUUCAUUCAAGCCAAAAAGGUUCAAACGAAGCACCUAUGCUAUUGUCUCUACAGACCCAGAAAGUAUCUGUCUGUCACAUCUUCCUUUAAAGGGGCACUUAAAAAUGAAGCUAAAAAGGCGGAGGAAGAAGUAAGGAUUGCUGAGCUUGCGUUGAAAGAAGCACAAACCAAAGUAAACCAUCCGGGCACCACUACUUUGUCUUCCGCCAAGUUUGCAUUACAGAAAGCUUUGGAGGAUGUAGAGGCAAAGCAUAAGAAUCUUGGAGAGAAGCAGAGGACAUUAAAAAGAACACAGAAACUCUCCCUGUUUUUUGGAGUGAAUAUAGAAAACCUAAAUCGAGCUGGAAUGUUCAUUUAUAGUAAUAACCGUUUGAUCAAAAUGUAUGAGAAAGUGGGUCCACAACUGAAACUGAAGUCCCUACUUGGCGCAGGGGUUAUUGGAGUUGUUAAUGUACCUUUGGACAUCAUGGAGCCAUCUCACAAUAAACAGGAAUUUCUCAACGUCCAGAAGUACAAUCAUCUGUUAAAAGUAAUGGGACAAUAUUUGGUCCAGUACUGCAAGGACACUGGGAUCAGUAAUCGAAAUAUCACACAAUUUUGUAAUGAGUUUGGAUAUCAGAAUAACAUGGAUAUAGAACGACCUUUAGUUUCUACUCAGUAUAAAAGAAAACAAGCCAUGGCCAUCCCAUUCAUCAUACAGUGUGAUCUUUGCCUUAAGUGGAGAGUCUUGCCACCUUCUACUAAUUAUGAGGACAAAGAAUUUCUUGACAUGUGGAUCUGUGCUAAUAAUCCUAACCUCUCAGAGAACAGUUGUCAUCAUGUAGAACAUCUGCCGUUCAUCCCAUUGGGCACCACGAGCACAGUGUUAUCAUCAGAAAACGAGAAAGAGAAGAAACUCAGAGAGUCAGUUCAAAGAUAUCAAAACAAACUGGCAGAACAGCUCCCACAGCUUCAGUUUAUACCAACAAGCAAAAUCUCUGAGCUUACUUCCGUCCGCCUCAGUUCAGCACCUACGGAAAAAGGCUUAACUCGGAAAAUCAAGCCUUCAGGUGGCAACUUGAAGCAUGUUUCUCUUUCGUCCUUGGAGCUUUCGGACAGCCACAGGAGCCAAAAAAGACUCCCAGAGGAGGAAGACUGUGAUGUAGAGUAUGUUUUAGAGACUAACAUUAGGAAAACAUCAAUGCGGAAGAGUGGCCCCAAAAACCUUCCACAUGAGACAGAUUGUGAUGUAGAGUUUGUUUCAGAGACUAAUAUUAGAAAAAAAUCAACACAGAAGAGAAUGAGAUACACAGCAGCCAUGUCUGAAACUGUCAGCCUCGCUGAGAAAUCCAAGGUCUCUUUAGAAAUGAAAAGAAAGCAGAGACCAGACUUUGCAAAGAAAUGUCAGGUACUGAUGGACACUGAAACCAGCGACAGCGAUCCAGAAGUAAUCUUGGUUCUAAAUGGAAGUGACGCUGAUGUUUUACUGAAACAAGAAAAAAAGGAAGUUCUUAUAAACAAAGAAAAACAAGAACUGCAUAAUGAUAUUCCAGCAAUAAAUGGAACCUCUUCAUUAUCUAACCAGCAAAGCUUGUUCAGUGUGUCAACAGGGGACUUCAGUCCAAGUUCUGGACACAAAGAAAAAGUUGCUGUGAAUGAUGGUUGCGAAGCUGUUGCUUCAUGGGAAACAUCUUCUCAAAGCACAUUUGUCAAAGAAACAAUGAGAAAGCUGAUGUCUAAUUUAAGGGAGAUGCUUCUCUAUUUCUUUCCUGAGUAUCAGCUACCAGCAGAACUGGACUACAUCUCUGUGGAAGAACUUACAGCAAAUUCAGAGCUGAAGCAAUGGCCAGAGCAGACAAACCAAAAGCUGCAAAUGUGUUUCUACCAGAUCCAGAAUGUUUAUAUGGUUCAGUAUGAAAAAAAAUUAAAGAAAAAAGUGCAGUCCAUUAUCUAUGAAGCAAACAGAAGAGGGGUACUUAAUGAAAUCUCUCUGGGACAAUGUGAAAAAAGAAGGAAAAUUGCCGAGGGUAAACUGGAGAAGCUCCGUGUGCAAGUGGCAGCAUUGCUGCAUAAAUUUCAGCUGGGUUGUCCAGUAGGUGAUCCGGAGCAGAUUGACGUUUACCUAGAAGCUUUACUUAAAGAAGAUGUUUUCCUUUCCCGUAGCACUUUAAAUGAAGUUGCUGUAGAUAAGGGACAUAGUUCCUCUUUGGAAUGAUAUGAAAGGAUUUCCCAAAAGUGAGAUAAGACAGUCACUUUUAAGAAAGCUGUGGAGAAAUUGAAAUAUUCUUUUCAAAAGUAACCUUGUUUUUAUUUAUUAUACACUUUAUCCUAUUGAACAUCAGGAAGUUUUUUACUUCAAAAGUGAUUCCUUGUUUGCAAUUUCAUAUAUAUAUAUA